AUGGUGGUGAGUGCACAAGCAGCCCAAGAAGCCUUAGACUUCAAAAAUGAGGGCAAUGAAUUUAUCAAGCAAAAAGACUAUAGUGCAGCAGUGGAAAGUUAUUCGAAGGCCAUCGAGCGUGACGACACCCAAAGCAUUUACUUUUCCAAUAGGGCUUUUGCAAGACUGAAGCUCGAUAACUUCCUCACCACAGUGGAGGACUGCACCAAGGCUAUUGAACUGGACGGGAAAAACAUAAAGGCGUUGCAUCGAAGAGGACUGGCACAUGUUGGACUCUUAGAGUUUAGUCUUGCACGCAAAGACUUCAAAAGGCUUCUUCAGCUAAAACCUAAUGAAUCUGCAGCGUUAAAAGCCCUAGAAACAUGCGAAAAAUUCAUUCGUCAAGAGAAGUUCAUGAAAGCAAUCGCUGGGGAUGGUGAUGUGGCGAAAAUAAAUACGUGUGCAACAGUACAGCUUUCGUCUUUCGAUGGAAACUCCGAUUUCCUGAAGUAUGAGGGACCUACGUUGGAAUUAACUCAAUUGGUGAAUGACAAAAAUGAACCCGCCGGAGCACAGAUCACGAAUAUGUCCCAGGAGUUCGUCUCUUCUAUGGUGAAUGAUCUGUUCCUGAAGGGUAAGAAUCUGCCUAAAAAAUACGUAGCGGCCAUCGUUUCGCAUGCAGAGCGUUUAUUUCACAUGGAACCGUCAGUUGUUGAACUCAACAACGCUACUGAAACCGACGUCAAGAUUUCUGUAUGCGGUGACACACAUGGUCAAUUCUACGACGUCUUGAACAUUUUCCGCAAAUUCGGCAAAGUUGAUUCAAAACAUUCCUAUCUCUUCAAUGGUGACUUUGUCGACCGUGGCUCCUGGUCCUGUGAAGUUGCGCUUCUAUUCUACUGCCUGAAGAUUUUAUUUCCCGGGAACAUGUUCAUAAACAGAGGCAACCAUGAAACCGAUAAUAUGAAUAAAAUCUACGGAUUUGAAGACGAGUGUAAGCACAAGUAUUCUCAGCGGAUUUUCGAGAUGUUUUCUAGGAGUUUUGAGGCUCUUCCUCUUGCAACUGUUAUCAACGACAAAUAUCUAGUCAUGCAUGGUGGUCUCAGCGCUGACAGUUCUGUAUCGCUGAAAGAUUACAAAAGCAUUGAUAGAUUCUCUCAGCCACCAAGAGAGGGUCCCUUCAUGGAGCUGCUAUGGUCUGACCCGCAAGCUGGUAAGGGUUUGGGACCCUCAGAACGAGGAUUGGGCCAUUCUUUUGGACCCGACAUCACGGCUGAAUUCCUCGCCAAAAACAAGUUAUCCAAGAUAUUCAGGUCCCAUGAAGUCAGAAUGGGUGGUGUGUUGUUCGAACAUGAUAAGAAGCUGGUUACCGUUUUUAGCGCGCCAAACUACUGCGAUUCUCAAGGCAACUUGGGUGGUAUCAUCCACGUUGUUCCAGGCAUGGGAGUAAUAGGCCAGAAUGGGAAUGAUGACGAAGACUUAAUGGUCGAGACAUUCGGAGCAGUUGAGCAUCCAAACGUUAAGCCUAUGGCUUACUCUAACGGCGGGCUCGGAUUUUAA